GGAGAAGCUGCACCGGAGGACGUGAGGAAGAAAGAAUCGACAUUUAUAUCGCAGGCAGGACAAUCGGCGCCGCGAGAGACGGACACAUGAAGCAUGAGAGGGUGGAGCUGAGGCUCAGCUGACCCUUCCCCUUUCCUCCUCCUCCUUUCCCCCCCGUGCGCCAUUCGAUUAGCACCUCCCCCCCUCCCUUACCCUCUUUUCCCCUUCCUGUCUCCCUCACCCUGGUGGAUCUCACCCAUCUUGCCUCCCCUCCUCUUCCUCCUCCUCUUCCUCCAAACCUCAAUCAGCCGUGCCCAAUGUACUCCCCGGAGCAGGAAAACAUCUCCACCACCGCCUCCACCAAAGUGCCAGUGAAGUAUGGAGAGCUCAUUGUGCUGGGGUACAAUGGCUCUCUGCCCAAUGGGGACCGAGGCAGACGUAAAAGCCGUUUUGCACUUUGUAAGAGACCGAAGGCAAACGGGGUGAAACCCAGCACAGUUCACGUCGCCUGCUCUCCACAGGCAGCCAAGGCCAUAAGCAACAAAGACCAGCACAGCAUCUCGUACACUUUGUCUCGAGCCCAGACGGUGGUGGUGGAGUACACCCAUGACAGCAAUACAGACAUGUUCCAGAUCGGGCGAUCGACGGAGAGCCCCAUAGACUUUGUAGUGACGGACACGGUGGCGGGCAGCCAGAGUAACGCAGACACCCAGUCAGUCCAAAGCACUAUUUCCCGCUUCGCCUGCCGCAUCAUGUGCCAGCGCACGCCGCCUUACACCGCACGCAUCUACGCCGCAGGCUUUGACUCCUCCAAGAACAUCUUCCUCGGGGAGAAAGCUGCAAAGUGGAAGACGUCGGACGGACAAAUGGACGGGUUGACCACCAACGGCGUGCUGGUGAUGCACCCUCGACACGGCUUCACCCAGGACUCCAAGCCGGGAGUCUGGAGGGAGAUCUCAGUCUGCGGGAACGUCUUCACCCUGCGUGAGACCCGCUCGGCACAGCAGCGAGGAAAGAUGGUGGACACUGAAAGCCAGGAGCUGGUCGACGGCUCUCUCAUCGACCUCUGCGGUGCGACCCUGCUGUGGCGCACAGCCGAAGGCCUGUCGCGCACGCCCACCCUCAAGCACCUGGAGGCGCUGCGGCAGGAGAUCAACGCGGCCCGGCCUCAGUGCCCCGUGGGUUUCAACACACUGGCCUUUCCCUCCAUGCGUCGCAAGGACACGCCGGACGAGAAGCAGCCCUGGGUCUACCUCCAUUGUGGCCACGUGCAUGGCUACCACAACUGGGGCAACCACCGUGAGGAGAGGGAGGGCCGGGAGGGCCGCCACAGGGAGUGCCCCAUGUGCCGAGCUAAAGGGCCCUACGUGCCGCUGUGGCUGGGCUGCGAGGCGGGUUUUUACGUGGACGCCGCCCCACCGACUCACGCCUUCAGCCCCUGCGGCCAUGUUUGCUCAGAUAAGACGGCGGCCUUCUGGAGUCAGAUCCCGCUGCCCCACGGCACACACACCUUCCACGCCGCCUGCCCUUUCUGCGCCCAACAGCUGAGUGGCGAGCAGGGAUUCGUCAGACUCAUCUUCCAGGGACCCCUCGACUAGCGGGGGCGGCUUCCCAGCAUCCUUUGGGAGAGGCA